GAGUGCAAAGAUCUAUGUUGAAACUGCGGAGCUCAUGGGAAAAAGGAGAUAAGUGGAAAAACUAGUGCGGAAUCCUAUAUUUUCCAAGUGUUACGUUUGAAUAUUUUUUCCGUUGUGCUCGCCAUGACGUUGAUCUGAAAUCGUAAUAAAAAAUACCGAUCCCGAUGUUGGUCGCAAGACUGUGCCAAUGUAGUUUACAUGCUUUUGACGAGGAGAGAACCCGGGGAGGCAUUUCGUGGAUACCGAAGAAAGCUUCAAACGUGUUUGAAGCUUUCGAGGUCGUAUUCAUGGAACUAUGAACCUGGACUCGUUAUCUUUUACUUUGUCACAAAUCAGUUAUUUGGUUGCGAAUUUAAAUAAACGAAAUUUUCGGGAAAGCUGCCAGGAAAUAUCAGCUUUGGCCAAGGGGAAGGGUCGGGAGGCGGACAGACAUCUAUUGCGCUGUUUGCUUUCGAGUGUUGACUUUUCCACUGGAGAACCACUGGAGUCCAGCGCACCGGACUUCUAUCAAGUUCAGUUCUUGAAAGAGGAACUUACGUCCAUUCUUAGUAAACCUGGAUUCGUUUCGAACCUCUGCUACGCUUUUGAUAAUCCAUUUCAUCAUCAAAAGACUAUAAACGCAUCUCCGAAGUUUUUUCAACACGUGCGUAAAGUUCUCGGAGUCUCCUUGGUACAGCAAGUUGUAAUUGAAAUCGCCUUGCAACAUUCCGAGAACCCGGAAAUCCAAACUUCAGCACUAGAAGAUCUCCAAAAGCUGGUGCCGGAUUUGAUAAAGAAUUACGUCAACUCGGAGAAUAUUAAGAAGCAGAACGACGGUUUAAACGACUGUUCGCCCGAGAUCCUACACUUUAUUCUAUUAUUUAUAUUGCAAAUUCCGAGUCGUAUUGAACUUACGCCAGAUUCAAAGGAAAAAUUUCUAAAAAAUUUGCGGCGGGACUUUCCCCGUGAACUGGUACCAGUGGUGCUAGCACCACUUUUGUAUCCAGGCGACGGGGAAGCGCCGCGUGAUACCCAGCAUACAAUGACGACCAGUCAAAUGGAUGCAACCGCUUUAGUGGAACUCAUAAUGGAGUUAGGAUACGGAUUCACCAGUAGCGUGGAGGAUUGUCGAUCUGCUUUAACUGGACUUGGUGCUCGAGAAAUUUCGGCAUCAUGUGUGGCAAGAGUCUUGGCUCAUAUGGCCCGCAGCUGCACUGGUCUAGACGAUGCUGGAGGCUUACAGUCCUUUUGGUCGAAUUCAAACUCUGGUCAGGAUUCCAAUAAAGAUAAAUCAGCUGACGGUGUUCCAAAAACAUGGAAUGUCGAAGUCUUUGUUCAGACUCUAAAAGACAUCCAGUCGUCGAUACAAUGGAACGACGUGAUCAUACAACUCGAUCACUCCGAAUUCAUCGUGAAAGAUCGUCCAGGACUGAAUUUACUGAUCACCGGUUUGAGAUUGGGCCUCCAACUCCAGGGUUUCCCCCUGGACGUAUUUCCCGUCGAACUCUUCUACAGACACUGGGACAACGUGGAGGGUCAAUUUUCUCUAGUACAACAAAUUCUAAAGUGUCCAGACAUCUUCUGCUUCGCGGACUAUCCGUAUCACUCGGUAACGGUCGAUGUCCUGAAAGCAGCUCCGGAAGGUGAUAGCAAAGAAGCGCAGACCUGGAGAUCCUUGAAUGUCGUGGAGCUUUUGCUGCACAUGGCAGAGAGAGGAUUAUACGCACCAGUUCAAGACAUAUUCAAAUGGCCAAUCCAGCAUUGUCCCGACGUUCUUGUCCUUGCCUUACUUCAAAUCAAUCCGCCAAUCACUUUACUCAGACAGGAGCUGCUUAGCACUCUAAUGCCAAUUUUCUUCGGUAAUCAUCCCAAUUCUGCUGUGAUAUUGCAUCAUGCCUGGCAUGUAAAUAACGUGAAGAUAAAGACUAUAAUAAUGCACGCCAUGGCAGACUGGUACUUACGAGGUGAUCAUGACCAAACGAGAUUAUCCCGAAUUCUAGAUGUAGCGCAAGAUCUGAAGGCACUAUCCUCGCUGCUUAAUGCACAGUCCUUUCCAUUUGUCAUUGAUCUUGCCUGUCUCGCUUCGAGAAGGGAGUAUUUAAAGCUUGAAAAGUGGCUUACAGAUAAAAUCAGAGACCAUGGAGAAGUCUUUGUGACUGCUUGCGUCAAGUUUUUGCAAAGAAGAUGUCCUCAAGUGACGGGUUCCGGUAUCAAGGAAGAUCCCACUGUUCCGAAAGCUAGCCAACUUCCACAGGAGACCCUCACGACGAUUCUUGCGUGUCUACAGCAUUGCGCUGGAAAUGUUUCCCAGGAUUGCGCGGAGGCAAUCAUGACGAUGGUACAAAAUUGUAGUUUGAUGUUAAGUAAAGGAACAAUGAAUAGACCACCACCACAAGGUGUUUUGAGGCACCGAGGCCUCGAACCUUUCAAUCCCGCAACUCUCGGAGGACAAUUAUUCACCUCAAAACAAGUGGACCCUCUCGGGAAUUUAGGUUCUAGUCUAGCAUCAAUGGGUCUCGGUUCCAGUCUCGGUCCUCCAAGUAGUUCAGCAUUUAAUUUGCCAGGAGCACUCGGACCUUUGGUUUCCGCUCCUGGAUCACCCUCGCGACUAAUGGGACCGUCCCCAAGUCCAUUUCCGGGUAUACUGCCUCUAACAUCUCAACUCCACUCAGGAGCAGUUGGCACUCAAGGGCCUUCAGUGAUCGCCGGAACAACCGCAAUUGGUGGCCUAGGUCGCCUCGGGCCUCCAGCUGGAAGUGAAAAGGCAAGACUUCCAGACACGGCCAAUCUUUUCCCCGACAUGGCACAAAAUGUCUCGAAAGAGAUCGAGGAUGAAGCUAAUGGGUAUUUCCAACGAAUCUACAAUCACCCGCCACAUCCAACAUUGUCGAUCGACGAGGUUCUCGAUAUGCUGAAGAGAUUCCAGGACUCGGGGAUUAAAAGAGAGCGCGAUGUAUUCAACUGCAUGUUGCGCAAUCUCUUUGAAGAGUACAGAUUUUUCCCCCAAUAUCCCGAAAAAGAAUUACAUAUUACGGCGCAGCUUUUUGGCGGUAUCAUUGAGAGGGGCCUGGUGAACAGCUACAUGACACUGGGCCUCGCUCUCAGGUUCGUGUUGGACGCUCUUCGAAAACCCGAAGGCACCAAGAUGUACUAUUUUGGUAUCGCUGCCCUGGAUCGAUUUAAGAGCCGCUUAAAGGAAUAUCAGACUUACUGUGAUCAUGUCAGAACCAUUCCCCACUUCAACGAAUUCCCCACUCAUCUGAUUGAAUACAUCGAGUAUGGCCUCCAAGCUCAAGAGCCUCCCUCGCGACCUCAAGGGCCCGUUGUUCCAAAAAACGUGAUGAUGCCCCCUCCCACGACUCCGUACAAGACUCUAACUACUACCACGAUCACGACCAGCACCACGCAGUCGAAACCUGCUACAACUUCAACGGCCUCCCUGUCAGCAAGGAAACCUUUCAUCUUUCAGCCCUCUAUUGCAAACGCUACAAAUAUCGACACACUCCUUGUAGCAACAGACAAAGAGGAGAAGAUAACGUCUCCACCCGAAUCUUUACAAGACAAAACUGCCUUCAUUUUCAACAACCUCAGUCAGUUAAAUCUCCAGCAAAAGUGCGACGAGCUCCGUGACAUUGUCACAGAAGAAUACUGGCCUUGGAUGGCGCAAUAUUUAGUAAUGAAGCGAGCCAGCAUAGAAUUAAAUUUCCAUGCACUCUACUCGAACUUUCUCGACUGCUUAAAAAUCCCCGAUGUCAAUAGAAUGGUGACUAGAGAGACUUUCCGAAACAUCAAAGUUUUGCUUCGAAGCGAUAAGGGAAUAGCAAACUUCUCGGAUAGAUCUCUUCUCAAGAACUUGGGUCAUUGGCUAGGGAUGUUAACUCUGGGAAGGAACAAACCUAUUUUGCAGAUCGACAUUGAUUUGAAGAGUUUAUUGGCCGAAGCCUAUAAUAAGGGUCAGCAAGAAUUGCUUUACGUUGUGCCUUUUGUGGCCAAAGUUCUGGAAAGUUGCGCGAAGAGUCGCGUCUUUCGACCACCCAAUCCUUGGACGAUUGCAAUCAUGAACGUUCUAGCGGAAUUGCACCAAGAGCAGGACUUGAAGCUGAACUUGAAGUUUGAAAUUGAAGUACUUUGUAAGAAUUUGAGUAUUGAUGUGACGGAACUUAAACCUGCAAUUUAUCUGAAGGACCCGGAAAGGAUCAGGACUUUAGAGUAUCAGUUGUCGCAUCCUAAUAAGAAACACGAGGCGAGCAAUAAUCAACAACAGCAGCAGCCACAACAACAGCAACAGCAGCAACAACAGCAGCAACAACAACAGCAGCAGCAGCAACAGCAGCAGCAGCAGCAUCACCAACAACCACAGGGACAAAUUGAAGAGUUGGUGGGUCCAACGAAUGCAGCAGCGAUGAUUGCACAAGUGGCUCCGCCAAUUAAUACGACACCAUCGUUGCCUACUGGACCGCCUGAACCGAGGUUCAAUUAUUUGGACAUUUCAGUCACUUCAGUUGCCAGUAUUAAUCAGCAUAUUACCAUCAAUAAUCAACUUCCUGUUCUGCAAGCUCAUCCUCAAUUGAAGCAACUCGUUCGUCCGGCAGUCGAAAGAGCAAUUCAAGAAUGGAUCCACCCGGUAGUGGACCGUUCCAUCAAGAUCGCAUUAACAACAAGCGAGCAAAUCGUAAGAAAAGACUUUGCCCUGGAUUCGGACGAGGGCAGAAUGCGACAAGCGGCUCGUCAAAUGGCCCGUAACUUGACCGCAGGCAUGGCCAUGAUCAGUUGCAGAGAUCAAUUAAUGACUUCCAUCAGCACAAAUCUGAAACAGAACUUCAUAACUGCAGGAAUCACCCCUCAGCAGAAGGAACUUGUUGAACAGGCAGCUAACGUGAUCGCUGCUGACAAUAUGGAACUCGCCUGCGCUUUUGUGCAGAAAACAGCAAUCGAGAAAGUUGUUCUGGAAAUCGACAAGAGACUGAUGAACGAAUUCGAAUUGAGGAAAAUUGCUCGUCAGGAAAACAGAAGAUAUUUCGAUCCCUUGGUCAAGUACCAGUCGGAAAGAAUGCCAGAACCGAUCAGAUUGAAGAUGAGUGGAGCCAGUCUUCAGCAGAUGGCAGUUUAUGAAGAAUUUGCAAGGAACAUUCCUGGAUUUCAACCACUUUCUGAUAGAGAUUCAAGAGCGCUUUUCAUGCCCAAGCCCAUUAGUGGACCAAUGGCUGCAUUUGCUGCGAAUCCAGUAGUUGCAGCUGCAGCAGCUCAGCAAGUAGCAGCUUAUGCUGCGGCAGUUAGCACUGAUGAAAUUGGGGCCAUGCUGGAAAAACUUGCUAGCGAAGUGGAAGUUUUGCUGACAGCGAUGGGACCUGCCACUUCACCAACUCUCCACGCUCUUCUCGACGCUAUCAUAGUCACCAGAAGAUCCCGAGACACCAAUGCUGCUACAGCUUUACUGAAAAAGGCUGUGGAAGGACUGUUGGAUAGUCCAACUUUGUCUAGUGGCGUUAUGGAAUCUGAGAUUGUUCUGCGUUCCCGUGAACUACAUCUUCGAAUUUUAAAAUGUCUUCAAGACCCAAGAGCCUACGGCAUGCAGUGGACUAACAAAGCCGUCACGCGCUGCUUAAUGGAUUGCCGCGAAGAAUUUCGAUACAAUGUCGAAGCAGUCGACUGUCUUAUCAGAUCUCACUUGCUGAAUUUGCCACAGUUUGAUUUAGGGCUUGCACACACAAUGGAAAAUGGUAGUGCAAUGGCCACUGCCUUCGCAAUGCAACUAGUACAGCUUUAUUUGGUGGACGAACGACAAACUACGCACGUUACAGAGUCAGAUCUCUUUAACACUAUCGAGAUCCUCGUGAGAAUGUCUCACAUAAGAGCUCCACCAGAGGGCAUUUUGCUCUUCAGACUGACAAGUUUGAUAGAAUCCCUCCGAGCGAACCAUGAUCCAGGCGUACUUGCAGACAGAGUUCCUGCAGGUCCAACAGCUCAUAUUCACUCAGGAAUAAUGCAAGCAAAAGCCCGCGACUAUGACGACCCGCCAGGCUUGUACGAAAAGACAGAAUUCCUGUUGAGGGAGUGGGUUCAAAUGCACCAUAGUCCAACUCAUGCCCGGGAUCCAACCAAGGCUUUUGGUACCUUUGUUCAUCACAUGAAUAUCCACGGAAUUUUGAAGACUGACGACUUGAUAACGAGAUUCUUUAAAAUCAGCACCCAGAUGUGCGUCGACUUGUGUUACAGAGCACUUGGAGAACCAAACACUGGGGCUUCGGCUGUCCGAGCUAAAUGCUUCCACACCCUGGAUGCAUUUGUACGACUUGUGGCUCUUCUCGUUAAACAUUCGGGCGAUACCACGAACACCCACACGAAAAUUAAUCUGCUGAACAAGGUGCUUGGCAUUGUUGCUGGAGUUUUACUCCAGGACCAUGAGAUUCGUCAAACUGAGUUCCAGCAACUGCCUUAUCACAGAAUUUUCAUAAUGCUCUUCCUUGAGCUAUGUGCCCCCGAACCAGUCCUUGAGGCAAUCAAUUUCCAAGUGCUGACCGCCUUCUGCCACACACUCCACAUUCUUCGUCCAGCAAAAGCUUCGGGCUUCUGCUACGCUUGGCUGGAGCUGAUUUCUCACCGAGUUUUCAUCGGAAGGAUGCUCGCUAUCACUCCGCAACAAAAGUGCUGGGGAAUGUAUGCUCAGCUUCUGAUCGAUCUUUUCAAAUAUCUUGCGCCUUAUCUUCGGAAUGCCGAACUCGCAAAACCAGUAACCCUUCUGUACAAAGGAACCCUUCGUGUACUAUUGGUUCUGCUCCACGACUUCCCAGAGUUCCUUUGUGACUACCAUUAUGGCUUCUGCGACGUGAUCCCACCCAACUGUAUUCAAAUGAGAAAUCUCAUUCUCAGCGCCUUUCCCAGAAAUAUGCGUCUACCAGAUCCCUUCACACCAAACUUGAAGGUCGACAUGCUGCCGGAAAUUGCGCACGCACCAAGAGUUCUCACCAACUUCUCAUCCAUGAUCCAGCCGCCGAAUUUCAAGAAGGAGCUGGACUCUUAUUUGAAGGCUCGUGCACCGGUCACCUUCUUGUCUGAUUUGAGGGGCAAUCUGCAGGUCUCGCAAGAAGCAGGUUCAAGGUAUAACAUUCAACUGAUGAAUGCUCUGGUUUUGUAUGUUGGAACGACAGCGAUUACCUUCAUCCGAGGCAAAGGUCACACACCGAAUAUGUCUACAAUUGCCCAUUCCGCCCACAUGGAUAUAUUCCAGAAUUUGGCCGUGGAUUUGGACACUGAGGGAAGAUAUCUCUUCUUGAAUGCGAUUGCUAAUCAGCUGAGAUAUCCCAAUAGUCAUACUCAUUACUUCAGCUGUACGCUGUUGUAUCUCUUUGCCGAGGCGAACACUGAAGCUAUACAGGAACAAAUCACCAGAGUGCUACUUGAGAGGCUUAUUGUCAAUAGACCACAUCCUUGGGGAUUACUCAUUACAUUUAUUGAACUGAUCAAAAAUCCUACGUACAAAUUUUGGACACACGAGUUCGUGCAUUGUGCACCUGAAAUUGAAAAAUUGUUCGAGUCGGUAGCCCGCUCGUGCAUGGUUCAAAAGCAAGUGCAGCCGAACCCUGAGCCGGAGAUUCCUGAGUGAUAAUACGUUUUAUCCUUUUUUCUUGUCAAUUUUCUGUACAGUAAACUCUUAAAAUAUGGAAUCGCGUGUAAAAAGUUGUUGAACCACGGCUAAGGUGUAUAAUACGAUAGGCUUGAAAGCAUUUUUUUAGUAGUUAGGAAUUAGUACGAUAUUAUUGAUAUUGAUGAUUUUGAGAGGAGAAAAAUAAACCUAGGGGUAAUAUUACGUGAUACAAAUAUGUUAAUAUUUUAAUAAAUGAUGUUGCGACCGUCAAUGGGUAACGAUUUUCAGUCUCCGAAAUCGCGUCUUAUACAUGACGUUUUCCAAUGAGUGUGUUUAGUAUUGUAUUUUAUAUACUGUAGGUAUUAUGUACCAUUUAGUGAUAAUGAGAAAGAGGCGAUUACAGUGUUCAAUAGAUUACAAUACAAAGAUUUUUUUAGUAAAUUAAUUAAUCCAAUAAUUUACUAUGUAAAGCUAAUUAUGAGCAGAGCAACACAGACUAAUAAUUUAUAAGAAUUCCUGUGAUUUGGAAAGUAACGAGUACGGUACCAUGAGAAUAUAUGAAUCUAAGGGAAGAAUUUUAGGGCUCGAAAUGUGUACUCUGAAGACAAACUAGUAGGUAAACAGUAAUCAUAUGACAUUGUACGAACUAGUAAGUUUACAUUUUCAAGAAGAAAGAGUUCAAAUCAAUCAUUAUGUAAAGUUUUAUUAUUAAAUAAUUACAAUUUUUCUGUG